CCCUUGUCCAUGAUACAGGGAAAGCCAGGCAUGUCCCCCCGCGGGGCUGAGCCAGCCCACAGCCAGGGUGGGUGACGACAAGGGCAGGAUCCGUCCCUGUGGUGCCGGUCUUGGUCACAGCAGGGAACUCAGCUCAGCCCCCAGGCUGGGUUUUGGGGGGGGUCUCUGUGCCCUGGGAGGUGGGGGCCAUCCGAGCCCACUGGCCCCUUUCCUGGCCAAGGCCCAGAGUGACUCAAAACCCCGAUUCCGGGUACAGGACCACAGGGAUGGCUGCAGGUCCCCAUGGGAAACUGCGGUCACAAAGUACCGCGGGUGCUUUGCUCCCGCCUCUGCCUUCUCCUUCCUCCUGGCAGCUGGAUCCAACCACUGCGGUGAGAAACCAUCCCCUGUCCCCAGGGCAUGCGGCAAGGCCAGAGGAGAAACUGAGGCGUGGCACUGUGGGGUGGCCCAGAGACGGGCUUGAAGCCCCAGCUUUAGGGCAAUGUCCCUGGACCACCUGGGGACCUGUGGCCGUGGUGUCCCUGCUGUCCCCUCCCCUGGGGUUUGACCAUCCUGCCUGUUCCCACAGGUUCCUGGAACCAGGCAUCUCUGCUGAGUGUCCCUGACAUGAAGUGGCUUUGGGUGGUGGCUUUUGUGGCACCUGCCUGCACCGUUCCCUACAACCGUACAGUGGGCAGCACUGGGGAUGGAGCCCGCUGCGCCCUGCAGCAUGGCACCCUGGGCACCGAGGUGCUGCUGCGGUGCCCGGCCGCAGCGGGGGGACUGGCUGAGUGGCGCCGGGGGGACACUGUCCUGGGAAGGUACCCUGCACCGGGGCUGGCCCUCCCCAACGUCAGCCUGGCCCACGAGGGCCACUACAGCUGCCACCACCCUGACACCGGCGAGACCUGGGACACCGUCUGCCUGCGGCUGGGCUAUCCCCCUGCCCCACCGGCCGUGGAGUGCUGGGCCAUCAGCUACCCGCAGGCAGUGAACUGCUCCUGGGUCGUGGCCCCCGAGCCGCUGCUGGACACUGACUUCGUGGCCACGUACAGGCACAGCAUGGGGGGGUCCACAGAGAUGGGGGAAUGCAUCCGGACGGGGCCACGGAGCUGCUCGUUUGGGGACGUGCAGAUGUUCUCCCUCAUCCCCUAUGUGGUGAAUGUGACGGCCAUGAACCCCCUGGGCGCUGCCUCCCGACUCCUGCCCUUCCUCCUGGAGAACAUCACCUGCAUUGCACAGCUCAGUCAACGGGGCUGGCGGAUGCAGCGCAGUCCCGUGCCAGAUGCCCCAGCCAGCACCUCACACCUUCGUUGUCUCCCUGCUUCGUUAGUAAAGCCGGAUCCCCCCGAGGACCUGCGGGUCUCACCCAUCCCUGGGGAGACCAAGAAGCUGCUGCUGGAGUGGAGCCCGCCAGCGUCCUGGCCCUUCCCGGAGUACUUCCCGCUGAAGUAUCACAUCCGCUAUGCCCAGGAGGAGGAGAGCUCUGUCACCAAGACGAUCGGGCCAUACGAGCAGACAUCUUACACCCUGACGGGAGUGCAGCCUGGCACCCUCCACCGCAUCCAGGUGGCCGCCAAGGACUUCACAGACUCUGGGGAGUUCAGCGCCUGGAGCCUGCCGGCCUCGGGGACGCCCUGGAUGGAGCCAUGACAGGCAGAGCAGGGCCAGUGUCCCCUUCCCCAUCCUGCUGCUCUCCCUUGUCCCACCGAGGGACCCCACGCACCCCAGCCACGCCGUCCCCGUGCUCCCAGCAGCGUGGAGCCACUGGUGGUGGAGGGACCUGCCAGAAACAGGCAAUAA